AAGACAAUAUACUUCUGAUUAAAUUCACAGUCUUGGAUGAUACUCUCAAGAUACACCACGUAAGGAAAUGAUGUUUAAGAAACUCAUCUGUUUCUGCCUGCUAGUAACGAUAGUUCGCACCGACUUAACGGAUGAGAUCUCCAGCUCCAUAGACACAACUCCCACAACAUCCAACAGUGUGGCCCAAAAUUUAAAAGAACCAAAGAAAGACGGAGCAAACCCUAAGCAUAAUGGAAUUUCUCCUCGCUCCUCGGGCUCGCUUUUCGGACUUGGGAUCGGUGCAAAUCUCCUAGACGUGCAUGCAGGUGCAGGUAUAGGCCAUGGCCGUGGAGGAUAUGGUGAUAUGGGCCAAGGGUUUGUUGGCAAAACUGCGGGAGGCCAUUAUCCACAACAACCCCGGUAUCCACAAUUCCCAUGGUAUCCACAACAUCCACGGUACCCUGGAUCUAAGGAAACACGAAUGGUCUUCUACCCAGAUUACCCUCCGGAUUAUAUACGCCUGUAG